AUUUCAGUCUAGGAUAAACGCUUGCGACAGCCACAACAAGUGCGCGCGUGUGUGAACAGCCAAAUUUAGAGUCCUUUACAAGCCAAUCAACUGAGCAGAGCGGCCGCACUGCAACCGUGUAGUGUAGUGUAGUGUGCCCGAAAGUGAAAGUGCAAACCAAGACACACCGGCAACAAUGUGUGUGUGCGUGUGUGUGUGAGCGUGUGCUGAAGUUUUUUGUAAGCAGCUUGCGUACACGGCAGUAAUUAAAGCGCGGCAUAGCUCCACGAAUCCUUUGGCCGCUUUUGAUCGAAGGAGCUGCGCGCGUUACUCAUGCGGCACUGCGAAAAUGUAACUCCACCCCGACCCCAUAUUUGGAUCAAGGCAAUCAAAUUAAAUUAGUUUAGUGGCAUUUUGUGUAGUGUUUAAAUUGGUGCCAAAGCAAAUCCGCGAAAUAAAUGUGAAGCAAGCAAACGCCACCGAUUUGUGCAAUUCAAUUCAAUUACCUACCCAAAUUGUGAAGAUAAUCACGGAUAGAUUAAAAACCAAAACCAUUUUGAAAUUUUAUUAGUUUUGGCAAACGAGCAGAGCAAUUACAUCUUUAUAAAAGUUCUGUAAAUUGUCAAAAAAAAAGAGAAGGAAAAAACCUAAACCUCAAAACCACCAACAAGAAUUUUUAGCAACAGCAACUGGCACCACAACAACAUCGGAAAUAUGUAUAACUUUUGGAUAAUCGUUUUAUGUCUAGGAUUACUAGCAACUAAGUCAAUAAAUGGACAAUCGGAUGUGGAUGUGCAAUUGGUGGUGCCGAGGUAUGUGGAGCGCGGCUCCAGCGCCACAUUGAUAUGCAAGCACAAUGUGAUACCGGAAAUACUGUUCAAGGUGACAUGGCUGAAGGUUGAGAAGGGCAAAUUCUUCGAGUUCAUAAACGGACGCAAUCCCCCAUUUCGUAAUUCCACCAUCGAGGGAGCCGAAAUUGAUUGGGAGAACUCGAACGAAACGCAGGUAACCUUGAAGAAUGUGCAGUUCGACUUGUCGGGCCAGUUCUACUGCGAGGUAUCAACGGACACGCCCAUCUUUACCAAAGCCAGCGCCGAUGAGCUAAUGAGCGUUUUCUUGCCUCAGACAGGUCCACCCACCAUCAAGUUCCGCAAGCGCACACCCUUCGCCAUAGGCGAGAAGCUGUUCGCCUUGUGCAACACAACCCGAGGACGACCAGCCCCGCACAUAACAUGGCUAAUCAAUGGCAAAAAGGUCGAGGAGAAGUACGUGCGCACCCACCAUGUCUUCUCGUUCAACGGCAAGCAUCAGCGCCGCACGCAGCAGCAGCAACAGACGCCGCUGACUCAGCAGCAGAUGCAGCAUUACUAUCAGCAGCAUUACUACAGCCAGUAUCAGCCGCAGUUCCACGUGCCCCACUACAUCGAUCGUUACGACAAGAGCCUGCGCUGGGGCGGUGCCCGUCCUGGCGAUGAGUUCUCGCAGUAUGCGCCGCACCAUGGACACGACGGACAUGUGCAUCAUGGCGGUGUUGGAAACAUCUACAACAAUCCUUUCAGCUCUCUGGCUAAUUAUCAUGAUAUCGGCGAGAUACACGAGAUACAUCAGCGCAACUAUGAUAUAAACAAGAAGCAUAUGGAGAUUAAGAAACAGCAGAUGGAGUUGAAAAAGCACAGGUUGCGUGUGUGGCGUGUUUAUUAAAGUUUUCUUAUCUAUGGUCUAAAAGGAUUUGGCUUGUGCAUGUGCCGCGAUGUUGGCACAUUGUUAAAACCGGCUGCCAGCCGGGCUGCCAUUGCUUAUCCUUCGUUCCCUAUGCCUUUUAUUGUGGAUAAUAUAAAUAAAUUUUGUGGCAUGGCUUCUGCUUGCCACCGCGCUGCCUGCUAGAAAUGUUUACGUGGCGCGAUUGGAAGUGAAACGUAAAUGAAUGCAAUAAAUUAUUUACGCUCACCUGCGAUAUUAAAAAUCAAGAAGGAAAACUUUUCCAAUAUACCAACUUUCUCAGCUCAACUUUCAAAGCCAUGGGCAUGCGUAUGUGCUUAAGUGUGUGCUUGAGUAGGCGUGCUUGUGUGUGUGUGUGUGUGUGUGUGUGUGGUGCUAGUUUAAUGACAGGCUACGCCACAAUUCGCCUGCCAGCUGCUUCUACCAUGUCUGCUGCUGCUGCUUCUGCUGCUCCUGAUGUUGCUCUUUCAAGUUGUGUGGUCGUGGCUCAAACCUGCAUACGCAUUACACAUACGCCACGUGGCAGGCAUUUGCAUUGGGCCAGCUGCAACAUGGCCCUGACAUAAAGCGCAGUAAACCAGGCCAAACCAGGUUGAAGACAAUAAAACAAACACAUCACUUGCAACUUAACGAGCACAUUUGGAGACUUUUAACAUUUUGCUUGACAUUUGGCAGCCAAUCACAUCAUAUUUGGAUUGACUGUUUAAUAGUGCAUUAUAUAACCAGAUCUGAAAUGCUUUUAGCGCAAUUGGCUGGCUCGCUUGUCUGCACACACAUGAAUUUCACAUUUCCCAAUCGUAUCUGAUGUGUGUCGCUGAGCAUUCGUGGCAAAUGCCACUUGGUUAAUUUAUCCUUAAGUGGAAACCAUGAUUAACUCUUGCGCCAUUUCCUUGUUGGCUAAUUGCAUUUUCCGUGGGCGAAAGCAAAAACGCUUUAAAAAUAAUUGCCACAGCUCAAAAUGCAGCGUGUGUGACUGUGUUUGUGUGUAAAACUAAUUUUGCUGAAAACUUAACGUUAAUAAGCAAUAAUUUAUAACCAAAGUGCACGAGCCCCGUCCCGGCAGAGCAUAAGCCAGCUGGCACAGUUGCAAGUGAGCUGCAAUGUACCUGAGCUGCAGCCUUUGAAGCCUUGAAGCUGCAAUGAGCACAGGGUGCGACUACUAAAUAUCUUACUACAUAGCAGAAUGGUUCAGGAGAACUUAAACAGCAGAUGCCUAAAGUAUAGCAAGUGAAAACGCUUUAUCUAUUCUUUGUUAAUGUGACAAUCAAAUCUUGUGAGAACAAUCAUAUCCUGUCAUUUGUUAUACAAUUAAUGUUUGCAUAUUUAUGAUUAUGUCUUUUUUGGUAGUCCAAUUAAAAAAUCAAAUAAAUAUUGCAAUUAGUUUUCCAGUUCACUUUCAAUUGAAUGAUAAAUAAAUCAAAAUUUUAAUUUAUCGUAGGUUUUUUAAGCUUUUUUAAAUUUCUAAGUCUAAGUUAAGAUAAACUUCAGCUUUACGCGAAGCACCCUGUAUUUGUUUUAUUCAUGGCUUCUGUUACAGGCUGCACAGUAUUUACGUAUGUGAGUACGACUGUGGGCGUAAUUGCAGACGCGCCCACUAUUAAAAGUUGGCGCAUAUUUAUGCAAUCUGGAGUAUUGCGGAGUAAAAAAACAACUAUAAAAUGCGCAAGCAACAGUAGCAACAAA